UUCUGAUGAUGUACUUGAACUGCUUCACUGUCUUCAGAACAGUAGUGUAGUUGUUUCUUAGGUUUAGCUUUGCAUCGCUUCGAACGUGGAUGUAUAUCACUUUAGUAAAUGGGGCAGUUGUUUUCGCUACCUAGUGCUCCUUCCGCGAGUGGUGCUGAAAGUAUACGCAAUUACGGUGAUUGCAGGGAGGAUGCAGCUCGGGAAAGUACAGAGCAGCAAAGUACCGCCAACACCUCGCAAUGUCCCUCCAGCAGGCCGACGGUCGAUGGCGCUGGGUCCGUCACAGCGAUGACACAUGUCAACGGAGAACCCGCCAGGGAGGAGAGAGCUGUUCAAGUGAAUCGCCUUUACCUUGGCAACAUCUCCUGGAAGACGUCACGCCGUCAGCUGUUAGAGCUCCUAGCGAAGUUCGGCAAGGUGCGGGAGGUCGUCGUUCCGCACAGCCAGAAGCGUAGCCGACCACGAGGGUUUGCAUUUGUGGAGUUCCGGGAGGCGCGCAGUGCCGAGGCCAUGUUGAGUCUUACGGAGGAAUCUCUCUCCAUUCAUGGCCGCUGUCUCAUUAUCAAGCCGGCAUUUGCGUCGAAAUUGCACAUGCAGCGAAACCUCGAAAAACACCAACGUGAAGCCUUGUCGUCAAUAUGCCGGGAAAUGCCGGCGCCCCCUGCCAGCGAAUCUGAUGAGGCAUCUGGACAGAAACUGCUGUGUUGUGUAAACAGCCUACCGGAUGACGUCUUUCUGCUGAUAUUUCAGAAGCUCGGCAUUAAGGACCGCGUGAGUAUGGAAAGGGUGUGCAAACACUGGUACCGGCUCUCCCGCGCCAGCUGGCAGUAUUUGAAGGAACUGGACUUUACAGGCUUGUUCAGUCUCGCAUCUGAACAUUAUCUCACGGACAACCUGUUGAGAGCUCUGCUGCGACGUGGUUGCCACAGUCUCGUGAAGCUUGACCUGUCGUCUGUCGUGCACGGGCUCAGUGCGAGCGCGCUGUCGUCUGUGGCCGCCAGCUGCCCCGGCCUGCAGCAGAUUAACCUGAAUAAGAUGAAUCUGUGCUCGUACGCACUGCAAGCGCUCGGCGAAGGCUGUCCCCAGCUGCGGGUUCUGCACAUGGCUACAUGUGACGUUGGAAACAAAGCUAUUUGGAGCAUCUUAAAGCACUGCAAGAAACUCGAACACCUCGAUGUGUCGGCUAACGCGAGGAUAUCGGGCAAGUGUUUCUACCAGUUGGGGCCUCGGCUGCAGUGUGCCAUACUCGACGAGUGUUGCCGAAUCGACGAGAAAGCUCUCUCGCUCAUUGCUGACCGCUGUCCAGACCUCCAGGAGCUGUCGCUGGCCCGCUGCAGACGCGUCGCCGAUGGCGCUGUCGGCGUUGUGGCCACCAGGUUGCGCCACCUACGGGUUCUCUCACUGGCCGGGAAUAAAGCCACGACGGAGACGGGCCUCUCUCGUGUGUCGCAGCUGGUGCAGCUUCGCCAUCUAGAUCUGUCGGAAAAUGCCGGUACUACGGACCGCGUGCUGCGUGAUGUGGCGAGUGGCUGCAAGCAUCUGCAGCACCUGAACGUGUCGUCAUGUUCGAACGGCGUCGGGGACGAUGGCAUACGCUCGCUCGCCAAGCUGCCGUGUCUCACGAGCCUCCUCGCCAACUACCUCGGCAACGUCACCGACGACAGCAUCCGACAGCUCGCCUACAGGGGGCGCCUUGAAGUCCUGGAAGUAAAGGCGUGUAUACGCCUCACUGACGAAGGUGUUAUCUCUAUCGGCCUGCACUGUCCACGUCUCAGGCAUCUGGAUGUCUGUGGUAACGAGGCCAUGACCUUUGAACUCGUGCGUACCUUGUUUCGAGCCUGCGAGGAACGUCAGAACGACGUCACGUUGCAGCUGCUUGCAGGCGAUACCAGCAUUGAAACCUUUAAGAACAUAGAGGGUUCCAAGCUGCAGGUGCUGCUUGUCAAUCGAUGCCGCUUCAACAUGAGGCCUGACCAGCACGAAUACUGUAACUUUAUCUAUGCUGAAGAUGACAGCUCAGAUGAUGAGUACAGGGAUAACGAUGACGUCGACGCAUUGCUGGACGAUUGCUAUGAUCUACAUUGCGGCGGUGAUGGCGACAUGUUCCAGAACGGCUUGCUGUACAGCACCGACGAUGAUGACAACGAUGACGCCAGGAGCGAACGAGAAGGAGAGAGUGAGCGAGCGAGAGAGGAAGAGAGCGAAAGACGGAGAGAUCUAGAUAGUGAUGUGGAGUGCUGGGAUUGACGACAAAAUCUGGGAAUGAUCGGCAGCUUUAGGAUUGAUCCCUGCUUCUAGCCUGGACUUCUGGACCCCAGUGUUCAAGGAUCAGAAUGGAGCAUUGUGCACGAUGUCAACACAGCUGUAACUAGACAGAGGGCACUCACGGAGAGUGCAUACCUCCGCCAGCGACAUCUGCUCGCUCGCUCGUAGCAGCCGCUCGUUGCUGCUGCUCGCUCACAUGUACACGCUCGCUGGCUUGCUGCGCUGGCUGGCUUGCUGACUCGACGCGCUAAUAUCGAUCGCGCGAACACACUAA